CCGGCUGGGACUAUCUCCGAGGGCGAGCUUCCCGGCUGCUCAGUCUUCUCUGCCAGCGGAUUCGCUGGGCUUCACGAUGGCGCUGCGGGGCGUGUGUGUCGUGGAGCUAGCCGGCCUGGCCCCGGGCCCGUUCUGCGGUAUGAUCCUAGCGGACUUCGGCGCGCAGGUGCUACGCGUGGACCGGCCCGGCUCCAGCGGCGAUGUGAGCCGCUUGUCCCGAGGCAAGCGCUCGCUGGCGCUGGACCUGAAGCGGCCGGAAGGAGCCAGCGUGCUGCGGCGCCUGUGCGAGCGGGCGGAUGUGCUGCUGGAGCCCUUCCGCCACGGUGUCAUGGAGAAACUCCAGCUCGGCCCAGAGAUUCUACAGCAGGAGAAUCCGAAGCUUAUUUAUGCCAGGUUGAGUGGGUUUGGCCAAUCAGGAAAAUUCUCCAGAGUAGCUGGCCAUGACAUCAACUUUUUGGCUUUGUCAGGUGUCCUAUCAAAAAUUGGCAGAAGUGGUGAGAAUCCAUAUGCCCCGCUGAAUCUCCUGGGAGACUUUGGUGGUGGAGGCCUCAUGUGCGCACUGGGCAUCGUGAUGGCUCUUUUUGAACGCACACACUCUGGCAAAGGUCAGGUCAUUGAUGCAAACAUGGUGGAAGGAGCAGCCUAUCUAAGUUCUUUUCUGUGGAAAACGCAAAAAACAGGGCUGUGGGAACAGCCUCGAGGACAGAACAUAUUAGACGGUGGAGCACCUUACUAUACAACUUACAGAACAGCGGAUGGACAGUUCAUGGCUGUCGGAGCUAUAGAGCCCCAGUUCUAUGAGCUGAUGAUCAAAGGACUUGGGCUAAAGUCUGAUGAACUCCCCCCUCAGAUGAGCAUGACUGACUGGCCAGAAAUGAAGAAGAAAUUUGCAGAUAUAUUUGCAAAGAAGACAAAGGCAGAGUGGUGUCAAAUCUUUGAUGGCACAGAUGCAUGCGUGACUCCGGUUCUGACUCUUGAAGAGGUUGUCCAUCAUGAUCACAGCAAAGAACGGGGCUCUUUCUUCAUGGGUGGAGAGCAGGAUGUGAGUCCUCGCCCUGCACCUGUGCUCUCUGACACCCCAGCCAUCCCAUCUCCCAAACCGGAUCCUUUGGUCGGGGAACAUACUGAAGAGAUACUUAAAGAAUUUGGGUUCAGCCAAAAAGAAAUUGAUCAACUCACCUCAGAUAAAAUCAUUGAAAGUUAUAAACCAAAAGCAAAUCUCUAACUUCCAGCUCAAGCGAAUUUUAAUAAUGCACUUAGUACAUGAAUAAUGCAUAAAAUGGUGCGUGCGCACGAGCACACCCACACAGAAGAAUAGCACUGUGGUAGUCCAGCUCUUCUUAUCAAGAAUCAACUGGAAAGUCUGAUUACACAGUAAUGAUUGAAAUCUGAAAUGAUUAUCAUCGGGGCUUUUGAUUUAGGAAUUAUUUUGUGAACUUAGACUAAAUUGUACCAGUUCUUCUGCCUUCCAAUUUACUUGUAGAAUGUCCUUGUUGAUAUUAAAAUACUCAUGUACUCAUAUUUUAAAUAAAUUAAUAUAAUGGUUUUUAUUAUA